AUGACUGUUACCUGCACUGUUAUCUUUGACCCUGCAGUUGCUCUGUCUCUGCUGCUCAACCUGGGUGAAGACACACACACAGAGCUGAAGAUGAGGAACAAAAACACUGUUCACAUGCUUUUGAAGAUUGUGGACCGUAAAGAUAAUGAGCUACUGCUGGUUGUUAUCACCAUCCUCAAGAAGCACUCUAUCUUCCUGGGGAGCAAGAUUGACAAUGAUAAACAGAAGAUCUUAGUAGUAGAGAAGCUGGCCCGUUUAGUUCCCAGUGACUACAAGGAGCUCCUGGACGCCACCCUGCGCCUCCUGUUCAACCUGUCUUUUGACACUUCUCUCCACAACCAGAUGGUCCAGGCUGGAUUCAUUCCCAAACUUUCCUCUCUGCUUGCUGAUGAGGGCCAGAGACAGCUCAGCAUGUCCAUUCUGUAUAGCAUCAGCAUGGACCACAAAUUUAGGUCCAUGUUUGCCGACACAGACUGCAUACCGCAGGCUGUCGCCCAAUUAACACCUCUGGAAAGCAACGCGCAGCCAGGGAACGCAGCUCCUCAGGCAUCUCCGGCGGCUAGCCCACCUCCAGUAGCCACACCAUCUCCGGAGGGACCCCUGCCCACUCCAGAGCCAUUCUCGGGUAAUGGCCUGAAGAUCCUGAUGAAGCGGGCGUUAAAGCUGAAGGAUGCACUGGUGAUGAAGAUGAUCAGGAAUCUGUCUCAGCAUGAUGGACCCACCAAACAUUUGUUCUUGCCUCUUAUGAAUCGGUCUGGUGACAAAACAUGUCAGCACUACUGCAGGGUGGAGGGUGAAGGUGGGGAGGGGAGAAGCAUGAUGAGGAUUGGGGGGAAAAAGAUCCAGGCGGAAAAAUUCCGCUUGCUCAACUGUAAGUGGUUAGAAAUGAUGGAGAACCACCAGGUGGAUGAACCAACCAGACAUGAGCACUCACACUAA